AUGCAGGGGCUCCUGGCAGCUUUGGUCUGCCUCCAGGUCUUGGAGGCAGCGGUGGUCAAGAUCCCCUUGAAGAAAAUGAAGUCCAUCCGAGAGACCAUGAAGGACAAGGGCUUACUGGAUGAGUACCUGAAGACCCACAAGUAUGACCCUGGCAGCAAGUACCUCGGUCACUUCAGCGUGGCCUACGAGCCCAUGGCUUAUAUGGAUGCUGCCUACUUUGGCGAGAUCAGCAUCGGGACCCCACCCCAGAACUUCCUGGUCCUCUUUGACACCGGCUCCUCCAACCUGUGGGUGCCCUCUGUCUACUGCCAGAGCCAGGCCUGCACUGGCCACAAGCGAUUCAACCCCAGCCAGUCCUCCACCUACUCCACCAACGGGCAGACCUUCUCCCUGCAGUACGGCAGCGGCAGCCUCACCGGCCUGUUCGGCUACGACACUCUGACUGUCCAGAGCAUCCAGGUCCCCAACCAGGAGUUCGGUCUGAGUGAGAAUGAGCCGGGCACCAACUUUGUCUACGCACAGUUUGAUGGCAUCAUGGGCAUGGCCUACCCUUCCCUGUCCAUGGGGGGGGCCACCACAGCCCUGCAGGGCAUGCUGCAGGAGAACGCCCUCACCAGCCCCGUCUUCAGCUUCUACCUCAGCAGUCAGCCAAGCUCUCAGAACGGGGGCGCCCUCGUCUUCGGGGGUGUGGACAACAGCCUGUACACUGGCCAGAUCUACUGGGCCCCGGUCACCCAGGAGCUCUACUGGCAGAUUGGCAUUGAGGAGUUCCUCAUCGGCGGCCAGGCCUCCGGCUGGUGCUCCCAGGGCUGUCAGGCCAUCGUGGACACAGGCACCUCUCUGCUCACUGUCCCCCAGCAGUACAUGAGCGCCCUUCUGCAGGCCACUGGGGCCCAGGAGGACCAGUAUGGACAGUUUCUUGUGAACUGUAACAACAUCCAGAACCUGCCCACCCUCACCUUCAUCAUCAACGGCGUGCAGUUCCCGCUGCCCCCCUCCGCUUACAUCCUCAACAACAACGGCUACUGCACCGUGGGGGUCGAGCCCACCUACCUGCCCUCGCAGAACGGCCAGCCCUUGUGGAUCCUUGGGGAUGUCUUCCUCAGGUCCUACUACUCCGUCUACGACAUGGGCAACAACAGGGUGGGCUUCGCCACUGCCGCCUAG